GUCGGCUAAAACUUGUUUUGACAGGAAGUCGGCAGAAACAAUUUAUUUAUGCCAUUAAAUUGAGAGGGAGGGGAAUAAUAAACUUUCAAGCCGGCGCAGUAUUUGCAGGGGAAUUGCAGAGCAAGAAAUAACAAUUCAUUCAUCCAACCUAAAAUCAAUUUUCAAAUGGGGAAAGGAAAGGCUAGAAUAGAGAUGAAGAAGAUAGAGUGUUUGCAGGCAAGGAACAUAUGCUUCAGCAAGCGCCGUACAGGGCUGUUCAAGAAAUCCGAGGAGCUCUGCCGUCUAUUUCCUGGAACUCGGGUCUCCGCUGUCGUCUAUUCGCCUGCCGGGAAACCAUAUUUCCUGGGAGAUCCGUUCGCCGCCGCCGCAGCACUCCUCCCCCAAGGCAAAGGCGGAGAAGAAAGUGCGACAGUGGAAAACACUGCGUCUGAAAACGAAGGAAUUCAAGGAGGCAGCGCUCUUCUUCCUCUUGGUUCUGACUGUGAAGGGUUCGUGAAUUUCAAUGCGCUUCCUCUGGCGUUUGGUUGGGAGGGAUUGAAUCUGAAUGAGUUUGUAGAUUUCCAUGGGUGGGAUGAAGAAGCACUUCUGAUGAAUUGCAAUGGCCCAAAUUAGCCCUGCGGCACUUCUGUCGAUUUCCACUGGUUUCUGCCUCUCUGACCUGAUCCGGUCGGGUUCCAAUUUUUUUUUUUUUUAACUGUAAUGAGGUUGUCGUCGAUCAGUAUAUAUUACUCCGUAAUUACGAUUAAAUUUUCAUAACGAGUGAGGGUCUUUAGCGAUUGGCG